GGAUAGCUUGAGGCCGCAGCUACGUUCAUCUAGUUUCACAUUUAGUUCUAUAUGAUAUCGCAAGUGCUCCAUUUUCAAUUCAGGAGCGGCACAGCAUCGCCUUAGCUCGCCUGGUUGCUAUAGAGCUAGAGUCGAUAACGACUUGAAAAGUACUUAGAAAUUGCCUCAAGAUGAGCGACCCAGCACCGACAGUCGUGCCCAAGCAGGGAACCAUGACUACACCAAUGAAUCCUCCAGCAAUUAUUGGCGGAAGGAAAAGCGCGACAGGGUCGUCGAGCACAGCGGCGGCACCCACAGGCGGCGACGAUGUUGACGGUAUACGGAUCAAUGCGGUCGUGGGAGCGAACCCGACCACUUCCGCGCCAAAAGCUCCACCAAUACCACAAGGACAGACGCCUGCAUGGGCCGUCCUCCUUCCGCAAAUGAAGCGCCCCGUUCCGCCCCCACAAACGGGAAAGGGCGCCAGCAGCAGCAGCAGCGCGUCCUUUCAGGCAGCACCGACGUCUACUGCAGGCACCGUCGUGCAGGGUAGUUUCCAGGAGACCGAGAAACCGAUUGCUGUGUUUCAGGAUGGUACCGACCACAUUGUUCCGGCAAGCCCACUGAAGCCCGAGCAACCGCUGAUGAGCGAUGAUGGCGCGCUGGCCUCGCACGUGAACAUAAAACCGGCGCCACUGCCCCGCUCGUCAAAUCCGAAAAUGUCAGCCCUUGCCCCCUUCAAAAGACCGCCGGCGCCGAAAUUGCCCGGAACGCAGGCACUGAUGAUGACCAGCUACCUCCACGCGUCCGCCGCGGUGCCCCAGACCAAUAGCUCGUUAAUCGCGGCGCAUAGCUCUUUAUCCAGCUCCGCCGCCGUGCUAAACGACCCCGACAACUUCCCGGAAGCCGACCGGGACGCGCAAUUAGCGCAGGUGUUUCUGCAAGUCUAUGGCGACGCCGCGAAAGGGAACGGCGCGGAGGGCAUACAGAAGAUUCUGAACCUCCCCCAGACCGCGGCGCUGCUCGGCCCGGCCUUUUUCGCUGCUGUGGCCGGGCCGCAGCUGAAGUUCCGGAACAACCGCUGGGAGCUGGUACGACUCCCGCCGACAAGAAGACCCAACUUCGGCGGCGAGGACGAUGAGGAAGUCGAAAAGUACGAAAAACACACGACCAACCCUGACGGGGAAGACGGUUUCGAUUUCUAUCGAAACGCGAAAACCCGAGAGUGCGUCUGGGUCAUACCCACCCCGGAUCCGCUGGAAACAAGUAAUAGGCCGCAAACUGGUGGUGGGAGUUCCUCCAGUAGCAGCAGCAGUUCUUUUCAUCAGCCCAACAACGCGAUGUUCUUUCCCGGCGCGCAGCUCCCAGGUGCUGGUGGAAUGAUGAUGCCCCCACCCCCCGGCGGCGGAUUCUAUCAGCAGCAAACGCACAAGCAAGUUGUGAUCGAAGACAAGCGGCCGAAGAUCGGCAAGCCGGUGAACUGGCCGGCCAUUGGCAGCACCGGGUGGUUUAAAGUGACCACGGAUACCGGACUGGUGUUUUACCACGAGAAGAAGUCGAAGAAGUCGUUCUGGGAAUGUCCCGAGUACAUCAAGACCGCACUGGAGGAAAUGGAGGAAGCCGAGGCAGAAAUGGACGAAUUCAUCAUCCCCGACGACGAUGCGGAGAUGAGCGACGAAGUCGUGCCGCAACGGUACAACGAGGGUGAAGACGAUGAUCAGCAGUACGGCGAAGAUGAAGACCACGAUGACAUCGACUACGACGCUGGGCAAUAUGAAGAGGAGGUCGGCGGAGCACAGCAGGAGGGCGAUGAGAACAACGAAGAAGAGGACUACAGUGACAGUGACGACGAGGAGGCGGCGAACCCUGGGCUGGACGCCUACAUGAAUUUCAAGCAGAUGAUCAUAGACUUAGAACUGCUCGAGGACGAGUUCGCGACCGCGUUGCCGAAAAUGCUCCACGAGGACCGGUUCAAGCAAAUCGCGGCGAAGGAACGACCCGCGCUGUUCGACGUGAUGAAGAAGAAAAUCGUGCAGGAAAAGCACGAGAAGGAACUGAAGGAGAAGCAGGACAAGAUCGACAACUUUAAAAGCCUGCUGGAGAAGAACACACGCGUUCAAGACACUCUACGGAUGUUCAAGAACCAAACCAGGCCAAACUUCAAUCUCCUUUGGCGCGGUGUGGAACGCCAUGUGGAGCGUGACCCCGCCUGGAAAGCGCUGGAGCGAAAGGAGCGGGAAAGGCUCAUCAAGGAAGCCCUAGAGGCCGUGCAGAAGAAAACCGUAGAAGGGACCGCGGAAGCGAAGAAGGAGUUCAUGGAGCAAGUGGAUCUCUUUCUGCAAGUACCGAUUUUUCGCUAUGUUUCCUUUUUGUGAUUUGAUACAAUGGUCACGUCUUAAGCUUUCAUCUUCCUGGUGAAAUGUUUUUCUUCUGAAAAAAAAAUCAGAAUAACUGGAACUGCGCCAGCGUCGAAUUCCACCUCAAGAAUUAGAAUUUGAAUUGUUAUAAAUACCAUAAUUACGCGUUUUUUCCCACACACUCAGGGCUUCGCCGCGCAAGCGAAGCGGGCGGAGGUCGAGGAGCGGCGGCUGCAGGAGAUUUCAUCCAACAAGCGGCCCAACGAGGAAAACAACAAGUACGAGCAGUUGAAGGCGAAACUGGACAACUCCACCGCGGACGUGGUGUUCCCGCAGUACGGACAACUCGCCGCGAAACUCACCCACAAGGGGCUGACCGGCGCGGAGUGCGAACACAUCUACGACGAGGUGGUGCGCAAACACUUCCAGGCGAACCGGUUUGUCACCGCGAAGCGGCGGCGGGAGGAGCAGAUCGAACGGAACGCGUUGGAGUUGAUGGACCUGAAGAAGAAGCGACUCCAGAACGAAAUCUACACCGUGGUUUCCGCGGCGAUCUCCGAAAAACUGAAGGAAAAAGCCUGGACCUACGAAACAGGUCGGGAAGUCAUGGAAAACAGCAUUGGAGAAAAGAGAUUCAUGGAGAAAUUCGAAACGCAACUCAGGGUAUUGAAUUGAUAAGUUGAUGGAGUUGCAUUUUUUUCUUUGCAAUUGCACGAGCACGAGGCAAACCGUUUAAUGUUUUUUGUUUCUGAUAAAGAAAAAGAUGUACAUGCUACUCAUUGAGUCGGAUAAUUACCUAGGAUUCAGUUCGUCAAAUUGGAAUGCAGAAGAUACCUAUGUGCCUCAACAAACGUAUCAAAACAGGAAGCCUUCAUCAACGACGAGAGUCUCAAUGUGGAACUCGACAACGUCUUCAACCGGUGGAAGGUUGAGUUCCUGGAGGAGCGGAAGAAGCUGCUUUUCAACCAGCUGCGGCUUUCUUUUGGCUCCGUGGAUUCCGUCGACGAAGACUCUGUGCAACAGUUCAUCCAAACGACCCCGGGUCUGCACGGCCUGGCGCAACUGUCUUUCCGCGACACAAUAGUGCCGUGGUUGGAGGAGUGGCGCGGCACGGUGCAGGAGAACCUGAGCAGCAGCUUCCAGAAGUACCUGAUGCAGUGCCAGUACUUUGGCGAGCUCGACGUUCACAAGUACCUCACCAACGCGGACGACUUCGCCCGGCUCGAGGCCCGGCUGGCGCAGAGCAGCCCCUUGUACGCGAAACUCGGUUUCGCGGCGGACGUCCGAACCAAACUGAUCCGCGACCACAUCGAAACGAUUGUACGGAAAAAGCUCCAAGCCGAUGAGGAUGCCACCAAAGCGGACGCGUUUAGCUCCAUGCCCUCGUUUUUAACGACCGAAGAAAUUCAAGCGCGACAAAAAACCCACAAAACCGACAAAAUUCGAGGCGGCAAGUGAUUUUUCUGCUGGUCCUUGAUGUGUAGUGAACAGGACAAGAGAUGAAUCGACGUCGUCAAAGCCACAACUAAGAUUUUCAUGAAGCGAGUGAUAGAUUUUUUCACAUACUCAGCAAAAAGUAGGCACAACGAUGCCAAACAAAGCGAAU